AUGACGAGGAAGUCGACCAGUUCAAUCCACAGGGUUCCAUCGGGGGCGGGGGUCGAGCACGGCUAUCCCCAGGGCCAUCUUGGCCAUCUGACCGCCAGCGAAGAGCAGGCCCUGAAGGACUUCAAAGUUCUGAUCGAAGAGAAGAAGCUCUACACGCCGGGCCCGCCUGCCUCCCACGAUGACCCUACUCUAAUCCGAUACCUUCGUGCCCGAAAGUGGUCGGUCCAAGAUGCGUUCGGCCAGUUCAGUGACACGGAAAAGUUCCGUAAGACGAACGAUAUAGAGACGCUCUACGAUACCAUGGACGUUGAAGCAUACGAGACGGCCAAGAAACUUUAUCCCCGAUUCACCGGCCGCCGAGACCGCCGCGGUAUCCCCAUCUAUGUGUUCCAGGUGCGACACCUCGACUCGUCCACCGUAGCAAAGUACGAAAAGUCGGCCGACACAACGUUUAGCAAGGCAAAGUCCGACGGCAGCACGCCCGCCAAGCUGCUCCGCCUGUGCGCCCUGUACGAGAACCUCACCCGCUUCGUGCAGCCUCUUUCGACCGAGUGUACCGACCGAGAGAAUGCGUCCACGCCCAUCACCCUGAGUACAAACAUUGUGGACAUUUCGCACGUCAGUCUGCGCAUGUUCUGGAACCUUAAGAGCCAUAUGCAACUGGCCAGUCAGCUGGCUACUGCGCACUACCCCGAGACUCUUGACCGUAUCUUUAUUAUUGGCGCCCCGCCAUUUUUCUCGACAGUAUGGGGAUGGGUCAAGCGCUGGUUUGACCCCGUCACCGUGUCCAAAAUUUUCAUCCUUGGUCCUGCCGAUGUCCUUCCGGUGCUGACGAGCUUCAUCGAUAUCAAGAACAUCCCCAAGCCGUAUGGUGGUGAGCUGGAGUGGGAUUUCUUUGACGAGCCGAGAUGGGACGACGCCGAGUACCAGCGCAUCAUGACUUUCCAAAACGGCCACACCAAGAUCCCCGAAGGUCCCAUGUACGUGCGCCCCGCGGCUGACGGCAAGACGGUGGAGCUUGUUGCCGUUGGUUACAAGGACCAGAAGCAGAGAAAUGAAGUCUUUGCGACCGUUCCCAAGGCGUUCCCUGCCAAGGCCGAGGCUCCCAGCACUACUACUGAGACUACGGUCGUGGACGCUGCCCCAGCUACUACCGAAGCCCAGAAGACUGCUGAGGCUCCGGCGGCGACUGGCGACGCCCCGGUUGACGGCAUCAAUAAGCUAUCUAUUGCUGAAGACGAAAAGGACGCUGCGCUCGCCUCGGAAAAGGUUGUAUCCGAGCCUGUCGCAACAAAGGAGACUCCUGUUGCCUCUUAA